AUGGUUAGCUCAGGAAGCAAGGAUGUCCCUGCCUGGCAGGACGAAGACGACAAGAAUGUUUCGGUUGACAUCAAGUCAAAAGAUCGCCUCAAAAAACUUCGCAAAAGCGAGGAGGAGGAAGCGAUUGAUGGCGAGGAAUAUGCUCAGCGACUUAGGAGCCAGGUGCUCAAGGUCAACAACAACGUGUCUUGGGCGACGCGAGCGGCAAACGUCAAGUCGGCAGAUGGCGAGGAGGACGGGAUGAACCUGCUGAAGUCUACAGCAAAGUUAACGGGCAGUCAGAAUCGACUCCUCCCUUCUGCGGUGCUUGACGUCGAGAGGAUGAAAGACGCCAACAUCUCCGAUGUGCCGGACUGUGUCAUCCAGACUGUUCGGUUUCAUACCAACAGCCAGCUGAUGAUGACUGCCGGCCUGGACAAGAGGCUUCGCCUCUACCAGGUCGACGGGAAGAAGAACCCCAAGGUACAGAGUGUGUACUUUGAGGACUUGCCCAUCACCAGCGCAGAGUUCUCGGCUGACGGAGACGAAGUGUUUGUCUCGGGUCGUCGGAAGCACUUCUAUGUGUAUAACCUGGCGGCAGCGCAGAUCGAGAAGGUUGAGGGAGUCCUGGGGCACCAUGAUCGCGUUCUUGGACAGUUCUGCGUGUCGCCUGACAACAAGCUCAUCUCCAUCCUGUCGACAUGUGGAGGCGUUCAGAUCCUGUCGAGGAAGACGAAGCAGAAGAUUGGCGAUCUCAAGAUGAACUGCGACGUGAACUGCUGCGCCUACAGCCCAGACGGCUGCUACCUCUACACUGCUGGAGAUAGCCCGAUCGUGUAUCAGUGGGACAUGAGGACGAGAAGGUGUGUAAGGAAGAUCGAAGACGAAGGCUCUCUCAAGAUCUCGUCGUUGGCUGUCACCGGCGACGGAGGCCUUCUUGCCUGUGGCUCGCAGAACGGAGUUGUCAACACGUACGACGUCCGGGGGUUCCAUGGACAUGACCCUGACGCUUACGGCGUCAUCCAUCCGGCAACCAGGAAGUCCGUGAUGAAUCUUACGACCUCGAUCUCGCAGCUUCGAUUCAGCCCGGACGGGCAGGCGCUGGCAAUGGCGUCGCAUGUUAAGAAGGAGGGUCUGAAGAUACUUCAUGUCUCCUCCAACAGCGUCUUCUCAAACUGGCCCACGAGCUCCACACCAUUGCACUAUGUCUCGUCUGUAGAUUUCAGCGCUAACAAUCGUUUUCUUGCAAUAGGAAACGACAGGGGGAAGGUUUUGCUCUAUCGGCUCAAGCACUACCUGUAA